GCAUAUCAUCAGUGGAGCAGCUGCAGUGAAGGCGGCAGAAGCUAACGAGUCCUGAACGCAUCCUUCCUAGACAUGGGUUGCUAUGACUGCUGUAUGCGCUGUUUGGGAGGGGUGCCAUACUGCUCCCUGGUCGCCACACUGCUGUGCUUCUCUGGCAUUGCCCUAUUCUGCGGUUGUGGGCACCAGGCGCUCACAGAGACGGAGAGACUCAUCGAGACUUACUUUGCCCGUAACCUUCAGGACUACAUCACCCUCGCCUACAUCAUUCAAUAUUUCCAGUAUGUCAUCUAUGGUUUGGCCUCCUUUUUCUUCCUCUACUGCAUCGUGCUGUUGGCCGAGGGCUUCUACACCACAAGCGCUGCCAAGCAAACCUUUGGAGAGUUCAGGAGCACCAUGUGCGGCCGCUGCCUCAGCUCCUCGUUUAUAGUGAUGACAUAUGCACUCGCUGUACUGUGGCUGCUGGUGUUUGCCUUCUCGGCCUUGCCCGUCUACUUCUUCUACAACAUGGACGCGACCUGCCACACCAUUGAUGUUCUGACUGAGACGCCAGCAAGCAUCAACCAGCUCUGCGUUGAUGCAAGGCAAUACGGGCUCUUGCCAUGGAAUGCAGUACCAGGGAAAGCUUGUGGUGUGACCCUGUCUACUGUCUGCAAGACGAGAGAGUACCGAAUGACCUAUGACCUCUACAUUGCUGCCUUCGUCGGCGCGGGCAUCACUCUCUUGGCUCUGCUGACCUAUACUGUGUCAACCACCUAUAACUUUGCCGUUCUGCGGUAUCUGGGGAGAAAGGGCAUAGGUCCACGGUGUUAGGCACCCCAGCUUCCUGUCUACUGUCUCUACUUUACCACCAACAAGGGGAUCUAAAGGGAUGGCAGCAGUUCUCGCCUUCAGUGUCGUCUGCAUAAAACCACCUGUGGUCAUGGACUGGAAAAAUCUUGUGUUUAUAUUUUUACUUUCCUUGGUAUAAGGAUGUUAUUGUUUUUCCCUUUUUUUCUCUCUGUUUUUUUUUAUGGGUGUAAUUGAUGCUUUGUCCUAGACUCUUAUUUCAGUAUUUUCACUGUCACCAAAAUAUUUUUAAGUUAUUGCUUUUGUUGCUUGCUGAGGUUAGUGUCUAAUUCUCAUUUCUGCCUCCCACUGCACUAACAACACAAAUAACACACUGCUAAUACAUUAACAUAUGUAAGAAGCAGAGCACCGAUUUGCAACAUGUGCAGGUAGAAUGCAGCUGUUGCGGAGAAUAGGGAUUAGAGGUUACCAUGGCGACCACCCCACACAUCUGGUUGCUGUGGCGGCAGACAAGCAUGCAUUUGCAGUCUCACGCUGACCUCAGGACUUUUCUCACGCGCUGGAGAAAAGCCUCAACAAUGGAGUCAUGCCUGUUUGGAAAGCUAGCCAAUAAGGAGCCAGUUCUGGGGGCCACCUGCACUAUGAGUCUCUGCCAAGGGUUAUAUUACAUGUCAAGGGAGAGGGCCCUCUGGACAAAGACAGGGUCAGACCUCUCUAAAGCCUCAAUGCAGCUCUUCUGGGACCACAACCACACACACAACACAUCCACACGCUGCUGCAUGACCUCCACCUCCCCCCCGAAUAAUGGAAAUGAUGGAUUCAGAGUGAAAGGACUAAAGGAAUUUUAUAUUCUUCUGAAUAGUUUCUUACUGACAAAGGGACAUUUUUGUUUAGAUCUAGUGAGGUCUGAAAUUGUUUCUCAUAACUUUGAGAUGGCAAAAGCACUACGUGCUCACUUAUCAAAGUAACCUUAUAAUAUUAGACCAAAAACACAUGUUUGCGGUGUGAUAGCCCCUGCUGUUAAUGCACAACUAAGGUGCUUUUAUAGUGAAAGGACAGAUUUGUUUUGUCUCUAAUUCUUUAGGAAUUUUGUUGUAGUUAUUGUAUAACACUUUUUUUUUUUUUUUACUUACUGUAGCUGAAUUUACUAAUGUUAAUUUUGGAUAUUACUAACAAAAACUUUUGCAACAUAAAAAGUAGAUUAUUCCAUUUGAGUGUGGAUUUGUCAAGUCGCAGCAGGCUGGUUGUUAAAAAAAAAUUUGUGUUGGUAAUAUUUGAUAAUAAAAAAAAGAAUGCUUUGAAGUAUUUGUGUGAGUGCCUCUGAAAACAUCUUUUUGUAGUCUGGUGUAGUGUCAGUGUGUGUGCUCCAUCCUUGGCUUCCUGCCACAACUAGGGGCCAAGGUGUUUUGUAAGGUGUUUUGUAUUCUCUCCUCUUGUGUCCACAGGUGCACUGUUCCCUUCACUUGGCUGUGUACCAGGUGUACCUGAGGAUGCUAAGGCACAAGGCGAAAGAGGAGAGGAGAGGCUACGACCUGUAUAGGAGGCUGCAGAGGGACAGAGGAGGGACACUGUGCUCUCCCUACUCUGCGAACAUGUCUGACAUCUCCUGACAGCAUUGCAGUUGUGUUGCAGGAGCUUCAUAUGACAAGCGUCGCAUUUGAGUUCAUGAUCAAAAUGAUUUUGUAAAGUGUGCCAGUUUAGUAGCAUAACUUAGCAGUGUUGGAUAAAUUGAUUCCCUUCAUUAUUUUUGUUUAAAAUGCAGGCUAUUGUCUGUUAAAUCUUAAGUUGCAAAACAUUACAAAUGCAGAUGGAAGCUUUUGGUUUUCUAAACUGAGCGUAACAGCUCAAUAUUUUGUGCUAAUUCCAUAUAAUGUGCUGCAUGUGGCCAAUCUCAUUAGACUAUGUUUUUCCCUUAAGUCACAGAUUUAAGAAUAUGUACUUUGAAACAAUAUAAUUUUUUUCUUCCUAGGUCUGUUUUCUCAGUAUGCAGUGCGUGCUUGAUUUCGUUUUUAAUGAAGGUAAAAUAAAAAUGCAGUGCAUGUU